GACGUGGAGGAUGAUACAGAGAUACCGCUUCCGGAACCGACGGUUAAAGCUCGUAAGAGGGUGUCUGUCAAAGACCCUCGGAGCUUGUUACGGACCAAGGAGGAGAUCGAAGAGUUUGACAGACACGCCCAAGACCUCGAGGUGAUGAAAGAUCUCCUCUCUGUGGAGGAGCCAGCGCGUCCCGAACGACCGCUCGCCGACGGCACCACGGAAGCUGAAGGUGCAGCGGAUCAGAAAGAGGUGACAGAUGAAGAAGAGAUUCUGAAGGACAAGCACUCGGGCCAACUUUUUCUGAUCCAGUUUCCACCGCUGACCCCGAAUCUGGUUGUUCAAGGCGGGACAGAACAGACGACGGAGGGUGGGGUUGGCGCGCUCGACGGCGAUAUCAGUAUCACCCACGCAGGCCCUCGAGCAGAUGGUCCUGCAGUGAAGCAGGAGGAGGACGCAGAUGUUCAGGAAUUGAAAGCGCAAACGGCCGCUGAAAAGCCAGCCAAGUUGGUGACAGCGACACAACAGCAGCUCCCCGCGGGUCGGGUGGGCAAACUGCAUUUACAUGCAUCGGGGCGAGUGACGAUGGACUGGGGCGGAAUCAGCUUCGAGCUGGAUCGGGGGACGGAGGUGAGCUUUUUACAGGAGGCUUUGAUCGUGUCGACACCAUCCACGGCGCAGGCGGCCGGCGAAGAGGAGAAGGAUUUCGAGCCGGAGGAGAAGAAAGUAUGGGCGAUGGGACAACUCAGCGGCAAGUUUGUGGCACAGCCGAAUUGGGAGAAGCUGUUGUAG